GAAUGCCUCCGUCAUGAUCAGUAAGCUGUAAUCAUCCAGAUCAUACAGCUGACAGGUCUUGGUCACAUCGUGAUAAGCAAGCCACCCUCAAAGGGGUAUCGAAGGCGCACGGAUUCGAUCAUACGACAUCGUAUUGCGACAUAUACCCUUAAUUGGUGUGCGAACGGUCGCGCCAAGGUCGGAGGAAUCUUCAUAAUGACGAACCCCGAAUCCGAAGUUAUAACUCGCUAUAAGAAACCAAGAAUGCGUUCAGUACGAACCAACACAACAUGUCUUCACCCGCCUACAAAUCAUUCGCUCUCGUCGGCGCCAAUGGCACAGUCGGCAAGGCGAUUUUGGACGCCCUCAUUGCAGAGAACGCCUCAUUCAUCAUCCUCACUCGAAAAUCCUCAGACUCCUCUUCCAAACUCCCUAGCAAUGUCAAGAUUGCGAAAGUCGACUACGGGGACAGUGCAGAAGUGUCUGCUGUGCUCAAGGAGAACGGCGUCGACGUCUUGAUUUCGGCUAUCAAUCCUGCAGUAGGGGGGAAGAGCCAGUAUGCUCUGGCGGAUAGUGCUAAGGCUGCGGGCGUCAAGCUGUUCGUGCCGUCGGAAUUUGGGUUCGUGACUGCAGGGGCACCUGCGGGGUUGUUGAAAGAAAAGGACGAUUUUGCUAAAUAUUUGAAGAAGAUAGGAUUGCCAUCUGCAAGGUUCUUCACGGGAUUCUUCUAUUCCUACAUCCCUGGACUCGUCGGAUACAUCGUGGACCAGAAAUUCAGCAUUGUUGGAAAGAGUCAAUCGAAGGCAUCCUUUACCGCGCUCGAAGAUAUCAGCGGUUUUGUUGCGUAUGUCCUGACGCACUUGCCAGCUGAGCAACUGAACGACAAAAUAUUCCGUCUGCAAGGGGAGGGGCUGACGCUGGUGGAAGUUGCUGCGAAAUCGGGACUCCCACCCAAUCAUGUCGCCAAGCUACCUGGGGACCUGGCUGAGUCGUUCUUGAGCCAACUACAAGCACUGAUAGAAAGUGGUGGAGGCUCAACUGGGUGGGAUCAUGAGGCAAACAAGGAAGGGGCAGAUAAAGCUGGAAGCACAAAUGCUCUAUGGCCUGGACACGAAUGGAAAGUGAUCACGCCCGCCAUCUUUAGCAAGCCGUAAAUACCAUUGUGUAACAGUGACGAUGUCAGUUUGGAAACACAGCGAGAAGCAUUUCGUUUUCUGCUGUUGAAAUGGAUACAUUUUUGAAGG